AUGUUGCUCUCACUACUUUCUAUCUUUCUCCUGCCAACAACUGCUGUAUUGGCAUCUCCAAUCACACUCUCCAACAGCGAUCCAACUCAAAAGACAUUCUACCCUAUCACAGAUACCACAAUCGACCGACAUGCAGAUUACCCACUCUAUCCACAUUACUCGACUGCCUUGCUGUUUUCUGAGAAGCCAAAAACAACACUUGCAAUCUCGACUACCUUCGAUACAAGAUAUCCUACUGUUAUUCUGGAGAACUCGGCGAGGAUCAAUUAUGACUGUGAUGCCAGUAAAUCGCAUUUGGUCGUAGAUCCUAUCGACACUGAGGGUGUGGCUCUAGUCAGCUCAUGGCCCGAUGGUCUGGUUGUCAUCACAAACAAAGAUAGCUGCAAUCCUGAUGGCGAAAGAAGUGUCUUCCAGAUCACUGAAUGCGAGAAUUGUGCGGGUGGCAAAGAGAUGGGAGUAAGACCGCUGAUUUUCAAUAUCUCACAAAGAGAAUGGAAAGACGUAGCCACGACCAUGAGAGUUGGAUAUCUUGAUGCAGUCUUCGAAGUCGGGCUGCACUCAAGCCGCAAGGGUGGCACGAUAUUGGCAUGGAUUCAGCACUUCUGGAAGCAUCGGCUGCAACUUGAUUGGUCUCCUAGCCGUGCUGGAUCGAUUGGGGGCGUUUCGACACCAUCUCAACUCCAAGCCCCACUCCAGGCAAGCACACUUGAAACAAGCGAGAUGCGCAUCAUCCGGGUACAAUCAAGACAGCUGUAG